CGGAGCGGACGUCGUCAGCGCGUACAGUCAUGGCGAAUCGCGAAGUGGAUACAAGUCGAGUUAUCGAUGAGGUACGCCUGAGGAAGAAAUUGUGGGAUGCAUCCGAUCCACUCUACAAAAAUAAAGAUGCAAGAAACAAAGCCUGGGAGGAUAUUGCGGACACAUUGUUCGAAAAUAUUUCAGGAGAAGAAAAACAACAACUUGGCAAACUAGUCCAACAAAGAUGGAAAACAGCCCGUGAUGCGUUUUUUAGAACAAAGAACGCAAUGAAAAAAACGCCUUCUGGAAGUGCUGCACCAAAAUACAAAAAGUACAUUUAUUAUGACGAAUUAAGCUUCCUAGCUCCAACAGUUGAGAAUGAAGUUGAUGAAUCACUCAAUGAAACCAUACCCUCCCCUUCCCUUCCCUCACCCUUAGCAAAUAUAGAUAACACAUUGGAUAGUAUGGUAUCUUCAGAACACUCUCAAGAUUCUGAUAUAUUCACGCAGCAAGUUUUUUCAAACACUCAGCAGGGUGAGCAGAAUGACCGUGGUGUUGAUUCACCAUCAUCACAAAAACCUUGGCUGAAAAAGAGAAAAAGAAGGGCCCCGAAAACAAAUCCAGAAAGUUCUCCUUUUGAAAAGGAAUUAUUAACUUUAUUAAGUAAUCAAACACCAGAUCUUGCCGCAGACGACCUGGCUUUUUUCGCUUCUUUAGGUCCAAUCUUAAAAAGUUUUGAUGUAGGACAAAAGCUGGAGUUUAGAUCGAGAGUGCUGCGCGAAGCCACGAAUAUUCGAAAUUGGAACAGACCAAAUAGCUCAAAUAGCUCUUACUCUAAUGACGCAAGAUCUACAUUCGACACGUAUGCAUCAUCAUACAAUUAUCAGACUCCAGGUUACUCAGGGUACGAAACCAAUGAUGCAAAUCCAGGUAACUCUGGUUAUCAAACAGCUAGACGUACUGAUGAAUAAUUAUAUUAUGUUUAAUUACUAAUAAUAUGUAAUUUGUUUUUUUUUGUCUUUCCUAUAAUAUGAAACAUUAUAAUAAUAAAUAUGUUGUUUUGUUACCUACAAUUUACCAUGAAUAAAUAUAAUGAUAAAAUGAGUAAAUAUAUUUUUUUCUUACCUU